CGAAGUAGAUCACGUGCAAAUCAUGAACUUAACAAAAUAUUUCAACGCAACUGAAAUAAAUCCCAUAGAUAAAAUAAAUAUUACAGCAUCUCAGAGCUACCCACUUAUACCUAAAAGUGCAACAGGUAGCGUAACAUUUACGUGGGAUGUACCGCUGCUGUCGUCUGGAGUUUACUCAAUCCGCGCCUCGACAAAGCGGAACACUGGACCAGGUGGGAACGGAUUAAUCGUAGCGGGAGUGCAAAUUGCUUCAGUUGGCUCUAACCUUCCUUGUGUUCCUCGAUCAAGACAUUGGAAAAUGUCUAGUUCCGGUAGCAUGAAGGUCUCAAACAUACCAUAUACUACCAGCUCAAUUGCAAACAAAUUCGGUUUUAGAGUAUCAGUAGUAGCAAUCUCUCAAUUAGUAGAAGCAUAUUCGUCUCAUGAGCUAUCAGCGACAAUAAGCUACCCAGGCGAGGGGUCUCCGCAGUCCUUUAAAUUAUAUUUCAACAUAACCGACAAGGAAAUUUUUACGACACAGAAUAAGCACGGUAACCUGCCACUUGGAAUCUACUUUCAUGAAACAUGUCGGUCAGUCACCCCAAGCACAGACUUAGAGCUAAUUCUACACACUCGCCUUGAUUCUCGACGUGAUGAUGGUAUGAUUGAAAAUGUACUCGUAGACAUUUCACCGUUGACAAAUAUUUAUUUUGCAACGUACGAUAGACUUACCGUCAACUACGUCACUAUGAAAAUGGUUGCGACGUUUAUCAACAAUAGCCUAAAUAUAAACAAUAUACCGAAACAUUUUACAGCCAGGGUUAUCAGCAACAACGUACCUAUCUGGACAGGAAUCGUACCAAUAGCACAUCCAUCCAUUGAGUAUUAUCCAAAUUUUGUAGUUGUGACAGAAAUUGUAAAAUUGGCUUCCACCAAUCCGGCGAACAUCUUGUACCACUACAGUCAAAAUGGCACCUAUUAUCACCAAGAAUCCAUAAUGUGGGAUGGUGGAACUCAUGGGUUCCAGUUUGCGUUUCCGAAGGUUGUCUCUCACUUUUAUUUCACCACUGAUGCCUGCACUGUGAUUUGUAAUGUGACAGCAGCAUGGCUGCCGCUGAGGGAUUAUAUCACUAUUGUUCAGGAUAACAACGACACUAUGUUGAAGAUGUUACCAUAUGCUCUUGACCAGGAUUCGGACACGUGCUUUGAUUUACCCGUGCCGGGGGAUUCCCCCUCCAUGCUGUGGAUGAUUAUUACAAAGCUUAGUCUUUUCGGUGUGACGUCACAGAGAUUUGUUGUACGAAUCACAGGUCACGACAUAGAGUGUGGAAACAUUGGACAGAAGAGUAUCCAUGUUGGAACGUCUGGACCUGCCUAUAAUCAUCAAUGCAGCACCGAAUCAGAUGUAAUAUUUUGUACGUUACUCUUACGUACUGAUAAUGCUACCAUGACGCAAUGUGACAUAGAAUGCGAAUGUGACACGUUGGAACAGUGCUCGAACGUUCACAUUUUCAUGCAGAGUACAAACACGGAUGUCUGGAGUUUAUGCGAACUCUCAAUAAAUGAUGUGGUAGACAUAUGAACAGAUUUUCUGGACGUUUUGCCAACUCACCAGAAUUGAUGAUGUGUAAGUGAUACCCUUGGGAUAUGCAAAUUAGUGUCAUGUCGUUGUUAGGUCUAUCAAUAAAAUCAAACAAUGAUUUGUAGGAAUUGUUUUUGGCAUUUGACAACAUGUGAAAAAUUAAUAGAUUACACCAUAUAUCAUUGUUCCUUAAUAACAAUUAUUUCGAAGUUGUACGCCCUCGCAAUAACUUACUCCAGGGAAAAAACAGGUGUUUGGAGGUAGCGAAAAAAACCCGAACUGUUAUUAAUCAUAAAUAGCUCAGUACGGUAGUGGAAUGUGCAUCGUAGUCUUCAAUUAAAAACAAUACAGGUUCAUUUUGAAAAGUCAUGUGCAAUCGAUUAUACAUAUCAUUGUAUAAAUUGUUGAUAUAAGUGUGUUAUAUUUACCCUGAAAAUAGGUUGUAACAGAAAGCAUUGUUUUCUUUUCUAACAUUUCACUGUAUGGUUAUUGAUAAGGCGAAUGAUAAGGAAACAUUAAGGUUGUAUCAAUUUAACCUCUCAUGACGGUCACGUGACGUACCGUAGUAACUAAUAGUAACCGGUGUUGGUUAUCUAAAGAGUACCUCUAGAUAUCUGACAUGGCAACCUGGUGAUAGAUAUUUAAUUCUUUUAAAUAUAUAUAUAAUAUUAAAGGUAUAUGUCUGCUGGUAAAGGUAUAGAUUAGUCGAUGCAUAUAAGGAAGACUUUCAUGAGUAGUCCUCAUGAAGGUCUUUGUGGCGUUUUUUGGCAACCCCACUUGGGCUGUUAUAGUUUGUAGUGGUGGCUACCAUGCGUGUGUGGCGGCAGCUACUUGGUUAUUCAAUUUUCCAUAUAUUAUUGAUUUUAUGCUAAGAGCCCUGGUGUGGCUCUAUUGAUAUUAAUAAAUUCAAUGUCACGAAUCCGAUGGCCAUUUUCAUUCAUAUUGAUGUCCGAGUUAUCUAUUCGGAAGCUGUACGACCUUAGAUAAUAUCAUCGUUCAAUUUAAAUGAUUUUUUAAAUCAUCGAGAACUUCGCUGUAAUCUAAUAACCAUGAUCUCUGGAAAUAUAAUCAAACAUGUUUAAUCCUGCUUAGUCAAUAAUUGUUAAUAAUAACCGCAUUAUAAUAAAAAUAGGUCCUAGUUAAUUGGAAAUACCAAUACAGAUUUGCCACACGUUAAAAGCAACAUUGAUUUGGUUAACAACAUAACAUGAACGAGUGUAUAAAUGCGUUUGUUCUUUUUGUCAAUUUGUCAUUAUAUUGAUGGUUGUUUUACAAUGUCUAGUAAAACAAGGCCAUUUCCAUCAAUUUGUCGGUCUGCAUAAAUUUUAUAAUUACAACACAACAACAACCCUUGAACAUCGAUGAUAAACAUAAAAAAAGUGAAUUAUCGAAAAAAAAAAGAUUUUACCUAUAUACAACUACAAACUAAGUCACUUUCUCAAUAAAUUUAAUCAGGUUUUAAUUUCCUGUUGGUAAUAUUUGUGUAACUGGAAAAUAUAGAAAGAAAAACAAG